AUGUCACAUAAUGAAAAUCCUGUAGUUCCUGUUAAAAGAAGCAGGAAAGAAGGAAAGUCUGAUGAAAAUGAUGACGGUGUUUUAAAAGAUGAUGCAGCAAGCGCGGUUAAUAAAGAAUGGAUAGAAAAACUUCAACAACUUUUAUGUUGUCCGGUUUGUUAUGAAAUGAUAAGGCCGUCGGUUGAUAUAUGUAGCAAUGGACAUUCUGUAUGCGUUAAAUGCAGAUGUCGAUUAAGUCAAUGUCCGAUAUGUAGUGCGGAUUUUGUUAAGGCGAAGAACAUAAUGUUAGCACAAAUAGCAGAAUAUGUUAAAUAUCCUUGUCCGAACACGAUUGGUGGCUGCGAAGAGGUUUAUUAUUUAAGAGACGAAGAAACACAUUUGAAAAAAUGCGGGUACAUUGUUCACAGGUGUAAAAUAGAUAAUUGCGAUUGGAUAGGUAAAAAAGACGAAUUGAAAUCGCACGUUGAAAAUUUACACCAGGAAGAUAUAUGGAAAAAAGAAUGGAAUUUUGCGGGUUCGAGAAAAUUCGAACAUAACGACACGUCAUCGGACGAAUUUGGUAAAUUGUUGGUCAUUGAAAAAGAACUUUUUUGGAUGCUCUCGAAUUACGAUUGCGAAAAGAAAAAAUUAUACAAGAGUUUUCAAUAUAUCGGACCCAAGGAAGCGGCGAAAAGAUUUAAUUAUCAAAUUUGUUUAAAAUCAUCCGACGAUCGUAGGCAAUUCUUAUUUAAAUCCACAAUGGAUGACGAUAAUAGAAACGGAAGUGACGCAUUUGAAUCCCCUAAUUGCACGGUCAUCGAUUUCAGCGUAUUAAAAUCAUUUUCAACGUAUAGUCCGGAAAAUAAAUUAAAAUAUCUUUACACUAUAACUAGAUUAUGA